AUGACCCAGACAUCCAAAGCCGUCAAGGAAAUCACGGUGUCGAACGAAGUAAUUGGCGUCCAGUUCGCCUAUCUAGCUACCAAAACCCUGAUCCCAUUCAAGUUCUUGAAAGAUGUUGCAAACGAGUUUUUCACUGCAGUUGCAAAGGAUCUUGCAGGUCGCAUUAUUUGCAGCCUCGAAUAA